AUGGGUGGGCCGGGAGGAAGCGCAUAUGGAGGUGUUGGCCAAAGCAAUGGAUCCAUGUAUGGAACUGGGGGCAGCAUGUUUGGUGGAAUGGGUUCGCAGUCAGGGUCCAUGCGUGCUGGUAGCGCAUAUGGUAUGAACGGCCAGGGUGGCUCAUUUUACGGUCAAGGCAUGGGAAGUGUUGGAGGAAUGAGCGGCUAUGGUAUGGGCAGUAUGUACGGCAUGGGAGGUCCAAUGAGCAUGGGCAGCAUGUACGGCAUGGGAGGUCCAAUGAGCAUGGGCAGCAUGUACGGCAUGGGAGGUCCAAUGGGCAUGGGAAGCAUGUACGGCAUGGGAGGUCCAAUGAGCAUGGGCAGCAUGUACGGCAUGGGAGGUCCAAUGGGCAUGGGCAGUAUGUACGGCAUGGGAGGUCCAAUGGGCAUGGGCAGUAUGUACGGCAUGGGAGGU